AGCCAGGCCCGGAGCAAACAGAACCGCGUGGCCGGGCGGCGAGAGCGCAGCGCACGGACAAGCCAUGAGAGAGGAGGUGGAGACGGGCGCCCGGUUCCUGUCGCGCCUGGUGAACCGGCACGGCCGGCUGGACGAGGGGCGCGUGGAGCAGUUCGGGGAGCGCCUGGCCGCCCUCCUGCAGGAGCGGUACAGCCGGCACUGGUACCCCGAGAACCCCGCCAAGGGGCAGGCCUACAGGUGUAUCCGCAUCAACCGGCGGCAGCGGGUGGACGAGUCGCUGCUCCGGGCCUGCGCUGGCUGCGGGCUGGAGUACGCGGAGCUGGCGCUGCCGCGGGAGCUCUCGCUCUGGAUCGACCCGGGGGAGGUCUGCUGCAGACUCGGGGAGAACAGCCAGUACUUCACGGUGAGCCCCUCGGAAGGGGGCAGCGGCAAAGGGACCCCGGAGCCCGAGACGUCGGACUAUCACUCGGAGUCGCCGUCGGAGAGCUCCUCGGAGGACGAGGGAUCGGCCCGGCCGGCCCCAGCCCCGGCCCCGGCCCCGGCCCCGGCCCCGAGCAGACCCGCCCUGCGGGAGCCCGGCAAACAGGCCGCCGAGUUGUUCUACGUCCCGGCCCCCAUGUGGGUCCCCUGCACCACCCAGCGCCUGGUCAGCUACAUCCCGACCUACCAGCCCCUCACCUUCUACUACGUCAGCGUGGGAGCAAAGCCCUCGCCGGCGAAGAGAUCCAACCCCGACCGGCUGCGGCGCCUCACCCACCGGGCUGCCAAGGCUUAGGGGCAGGGCAGGGAGAGGGGAGAGCCCCCAGCCCCUCUCCCUCCUGCCCCCCCAGUGAUCUCCACCACGCUCCCAGGCUGAGACUGGCUGGAACUCACCACAGCAGUACAAACAGCGCCACCUGGUGGCCACGCAGUGAGCCAGGCUGGAAAGGUCUGGAAAUCAGGGAUGUCCUGCCCCCAUCCCCCCACCCAGCUGGCGUCUUAAGGGUUAACAGCCCCUCUUCUCAUGCAGGGAGUGCGGCCCCGUGGCCGUGGGGCUGAGCCAGCUGAGACUCAGUAUCCGAUGGGCCCG